CAGCAGCAAUGGGAGGCCAUACAGCACCCUAUGACAAAAUGGAACCCACCAGCAGUGUGAGGAGACCUGAAAGUGGCACAUGGCAGAGUGUGGCGAUGGAGACAGCAGCAAUGGGAGGCCGUACAGGGACCCAUGACACACUGUGGACCUGGCAGCAGCAUGAGGAGGCGGUACAGGGGCCCAUGACAGAUUACGGGCCUGGCAGCAGCAUGAGGAGUCGGUACGGGGGCCCAUGGCAGAGUGGCGGAGCGUAAGCAGCUAAAAUUGAAGGCCAUACAGAGGCCUAUGUUAAAAAGUCCCCCCAGCAGCAGAGUGGGGAGACGACUAUCAAGAGUCCAAUGGCAGAGUGGCGGAGCGGAAGCAGCUUCAAUUGAAGGCCAUACACAGGCCUAGGUUAAAAAGUCCCCCCAGCAGCAGUGUGGGGAGACGACUAUCAAGAGUCCAAUGGCUGAGUGGCGAUCCGGGAAGUCAGCGUUGUGAUUGCAGAUGCAAUGCAGAAAUUUUAUGAGGUGACGCCGUGGGUGCAAAAGAAGAUCA